AUGCCUGACGCUCAGCCAUCUUCCCGUAUCAAGUGCAACGGCCAAAGGCCCUCGUGCAUCAAUUGCCAGACAUACGAGAAAGAAUGCGUCUACGAGCCCGUGCCUGACGUAAACAAGGCCGAAGGUCGGCAGAGGCACCAGCGCCUCAAGAGUAAGAGCCGGAGCGUCAAGGCCCGUACCGCGUCUCCCAGCGUAGUCGGCCAAUCGCGAGAAGGCGAGGCUGCGUCUUCGGUGGCCGACAGUGAAGCAGCCAGCCUGCCCGAUGAACGUAGCCAACAGACGCAGAUAGGUCGUGAUCGUGAUGGAGGCACAAAUCCUCGUCGCUCGUGGGAUCCCACUGACUCCGCCGCAAGACCCAUGGAUCCAGGUGUUGCCCGCGUGCUAGUUCAUGCAAAUGGAGAGUCGAGCUAUCACGGCCGAACGAGUGCUUUGUUUGAGGAUAACGCCCAGGAGAGGCCUGUUGAGCAGGAGGUCCAGCCCCGUAUGCCUGAUCAUUGGGUAGAGCGCGGUCUUAUCGCCGAGGCUGCUAAGCAACGCCAAUUGGAGGAUAUUCAGUACAGCAAGGGACAGCUCGACUUUGACGGUGUCGAUCCUGACCUGGGCAUGCAUCUCCUUUCUCUUCACUGGAACCGUCAACAUCAUUCGUUUCUUAUCACCUACCGGCCCGCGUUCAUGCGGGACAUGGCCUGUGGUGGUCCCUAUUUCUCAAAACUCUUACUCAACGCCAUCUACUUUGGAUCAUCCAAGUUCAGUCCCCGACUUGAGGUCCGGAAGGAUAUCAACGAUGUACGGACAGCAGGGUGGAGGUAUCGCGAGAGGGUGCGUGAGUUGCUGGGUGGUUCCCUAGAUAGGAGCGACAUCACCACCAUCCAGGCUUUGCUGGUCAUGACCAACUCUCUAUUUGCGCUGGGAGACGAGAGAAGUGCGGCGUGGUUAUAUGCUGGACUGGCCUUUCGCAUGCUUAUUGACCUUGGUUUACAUGUUGACUUGACGAAUUCCCAACUCUUUUCAGAUGAAGAUCUCGAGAUACGCCGUCGAGUAUUCUGGGGAGCCUUCGUGGUUGACAAGAUCCAAAGCCUGUACCAAGGGCGCCCCGUGACCCUCAAAGACGCCGACGCAAUGGUGCCCAUCAAAUUCAUCGACACAUACUCGGAGCUGGAAUUCUGGCAGCCGUUUGCCUACUCAACGUCCAAGAACGACUACUCGGGUUCGCCGGCCUACAGCAUCUCCACCUUUACUGCACUAUGCAAGCUGUCUAUCGUUAUGAGCGAGGUUCUGAGCUCCAUCUACACCGUACGAACCUCGGACCAGAGCCCAGAUGAGCUGUCUCAAGUGCUGGAGCGACUUCAGCGAAAGUUGCGCGAGUGGCAGACGUCUUUGCCUGAUCAUCUCAAGCCUGAAGCGGCGAAUGGGCCUGGUGCUACUGUUCCUCCGCCUCAUGUUUUGAGUCUACACGCUAUGUACAAUGUGCUUGUGAUCCUCCUGCAUCGCCCCUUCGUGGCAGACGGGCAUCUAUACAACACCUUCCGCUCAAUAUCAGUCGACUCGGUGAUAAAAUGCUCAGCAGCAGCAUCCAGCAUCUGCAGUCUCCUACGCGCCUACCACCGAGCCUUCUCAGUGCGUCGCGCGCCAUAUCUCAUCUCAUACGCAACCUACGUCGCUGCCACAAUCCACUGCCGCAUUGCCGCCAAGAAUGGCAAAGAGUCUGCAGCUUAUGUCAAUCUGAUGACGUGUCUGGCCGUGUUUAAAGAGAACCAGGAGACCAAUUCAGCAGUGCAAAAAGCAGCCGUGAUUAUUCACAGACUCAUGAGCAAAUACGGCGUCGUGGUAGACGACCUCCCCGAUGACGCGCUCGAAGCCGAACCAGCCACGCGAUCGAGAGAACAGCAGCCACCACAACACCCCCAACGCACGCAGCAGCUUGGCUACGACAGCAGCCUCGGAAACAGCGGGAAUAGCCAAGACAACACACGCAGCCAAGAGCUGCAGCCAAUGGAAGUGGGCAGCGGCAGCAGCGCGGUGCCCUCACCCGGCUCCGACUGGAUCAACAUCGACGGCAUCAUCCAGAGCUUCCUCCGCGAGGGCGACUUUCAUACCGGCGAGUCCACUGCCUACGGGGCCAACAGCGCCUACGCGCCCCCCAAGAUACCUCAGGUCGACGGGGAGCACUAUCUCCACACGUCCACGUCCACGUCGGCCCAGCCUGUGUACUACCCCGCAAACUUUCCCGCGGGAAUGGCCAACUUUGCGCCGGAUAUGGAGGGCGGGAAUCAAUGGCAGCAGCCCUUCUGGCCGUCCAACCAAGACGCAGCGUUUCUCGAAGAUCCACUGUUUGGCUUCCAUGGGUCUUCUACUGGGGAGUUCCAGUUUGGGCGAUGA